AAUAGUUUUAUUUUCAGUUUUUGAGGUACAGUGAUCCUUCCCUGCAGGAUAAACUUCACAUCACUUUCCCCGCGCGGUUCACGGAGGACGUCACGACGAGCCCGCGUCAUUUCCGGACAAGGGUCUGGGAUUUGUAGUUCUUAAUGUUUUAAAUCCCAACGCUCUUGAAUUUAAUUUUUAAACGUUUAAAAGCGAGAAUCCAUAGUAUCGUCAGCCUGAAAGCCAACAGAGACACAGGUGAAUUUGGAUAUAAUUUUAGGGAAUAGAUGUAUUCUCCAGGCAUGCAAGCGUCUCUCCGUCUGCAAUGAGGAGAGGAGUGACAGACGCAGACUGAAUAACGUUAUUCGGGUGUGACAGAAAUCUGCGCUGUUCGAUCGAGCGCGUCUCAUUGAGAUCCACACGCGCGGCAUGAAUCUCAUCGCAGCGUUUAUUUACUCAGACGACAUCACUGUGGUCAGGUGUAAUGUGUUUUAUUGCUCUGAGAUGUGCGCACAGGAUUAAAUCGGAUGGAGCAGCGGUACGCCGUUAAGCCAGUAACCGAGAGGAGAGCGAUAUUUGCGUUAAAUCUGAGAAGAAUGGACACGCAAAAUAUGAUGCAGUGCAAGUGUCGUCAUCUGAACAUCCGUUAUUUCUGUUAAACGCAAUAGCACAGCAAGAUUUAUCACGGAUAGUCCUUGUUGUAGCCUCAUGAAAACAACCCUUUGGACUGUAUAAGGUAGAUUAUUGUUUAUAUAAAUAUAUAUUUCAAUAGAUAAAUGUCUUCAAUCGCUUAAGGUUUGAGUAUUCGCAAACCAUCUAAGUAUUAUUAAUUUAUUCGGGUCAUCAUUAAGUAUUCAUACUGACAUUUCCGUUGGGAAUAUUAUCUCUGAUGCACCGGAAUGCGUCUUCUUCAUAUGAGCUGUGUCUUCAUGUGAGUUUAGUCAUUAUUUUUGCUGUCCCAAGAGUGAUUAUUCACCUUAAUGAGAUUGCUUGGCUGAAUGAUGCAGAUGCAUAGAGGCUGAAUGAGAAGAGAGCUGGAAGAGAACAUCAUUGGACGAAUCACUGUGACAUCUGGCGCUAAAACUGCUUAGUCUGUGCGACAUCUGUGAGCUGUUCUGUCUGUACUUGAGUUUUUAGGUGGCACCCCAGGCAACAUCCAAAGAGGACCAAGUCCGGAUUGAAACCACAGAGGACCAAAGUAUAAACUAAAUGCAGAGUGGACUGAGUCUGGACUGAAUUCAUAAAAGUAGAUUCAACCCCGACACGAUCUGAUUCCAGACAGGACCUGGAUCCAGUCUCAAUCUAGAUAGGAUCUGAAUCCAGACUGAAUUCAUAAAGGACCCAAAUCUAGACUGAAUCCAGACUCAAUCCAGAAAGGAUAUGAAUUCAGACUGAAUCCAUAAAGGACCUGAGUGCAGUGUGAACUCACAGCGUAUCUAAAUCCUAAUUGAAUCCAGAUUUAACCUAGAUCUAGACUUCAUCCAGAUCUAACCAGAAUCCAGUAUCAAUCCAAAUAGGAUCUGAAUCCAGAAAGGACCUGAAUCUGGACCUGAAUCCAGCUAGAACCUAAAUCUAGAUUCAAUCCAGAUCGGACCAGAAUUCAGACUCAAUUCAGAUAGGAGCUCAAUCCAGAUAGAACUGAGUGCAGUUUGAAUCCACUGUGGAUCUGAGUCCAAACUGAAUCCACAUAGAACCUUAAGCUAGAUUCAAUCCAGAUCGGACCAGAAUUCAGGCUCAAUUCAGAUAGGAGCUCAAUACAGAUAGAACUGAGUGCAGUUCAAAUCCACUGUGGAUCUGAGUCCAAACUGAAUCGGGGUGGAACCUUAAUCUAGAUUCAGUCCAGAUAGGAUUUAGGCCUAAGAACUGAAUCCAGACUAAAUAGAGGUUGAACCUAAUCAUCCAUAGGGGACCUGAGUCCUAUUUGAAUCCAUAAAGUACUGAAUCCAUCUAUGAUCCCUGGGACACCUGCAGCGAUGCUCCCAGCCACGGAGGCAGCCAAGAUCUACCAGACCAACUAUGUCAGGAACUCUCGUGCCAUCGGGGUCCUGUGGGCCAUCUUCACCAUCCUCUUCGCCAUCGUCAACGUGGUAUGUUUUGUUCAGCCCUACUGGAUCGGGGACGGCAUGGACACGCCACAUGCUGGCUACUUUGGCCUCUUUCACUACUGCAUAGGGAGCGGGAGCGGAGUGUCCCGGGACCUGACGUGCCAGGGGAGCUUCACAGAGUUUAGCUCCAUCCCGUCUAGCGCCUUCAAAGCUGCGUCCUUCUUCAUUGGGAUGUCCAUGGUGCUGGUCCUCUCCUGCAUCGGCUGCUUCGCCUUCUUCUUCUUCUGCAGUACAGCCACUGUGUAUAAGAUCUGCGGGUGGAUGCAGCUGGCAGCAGGUUUGUGUCUGGUGUUGGGCUGUAUGAUAUAUCCUGAUGGCUGGGAUGCUGAUGAGGUGAAGAGGAUGUGCGGAGAAGGGACGGACAAAUACACCAUCGGAGCAUGCUCAGUGCGCUGGGCGUACAUCCUGGCCAUUAUGGGCAUCUUGGAUGCCCUUAUUCUCUCUUUCCUGGCUUUUGUGCUGGGCAACAGGCAGGAUGGACUCAUGUCCGAGGAGCUGCUGGGAGACAAAAGUGGAAAUGCAUAGACGCCAGAUACACUCAGGUGUUUCUGUCUUGUUCAAGGAAAAUCAUUAUAUGAAAUCACAAUCCAGCUUUACCCAUCAUCCUGAGGGAAGGAAGCCUGACUGCAGCAGUUUGAAAAAAACUUUAAAGCGAAGGAUGCAAACGGGGUGAAUGGAGUUGGGAACUCACUGCUUUUCUGUCCAUAUCCCUUCUUUGCACUUCACUCCCUGGAAUUGCUUCUCAACAAAUCCCUACCCUAGUUUGAUUUACCGUGUUCUGUGCUACUAACAUGAUAGGGCAGCUAAUGCACCGUUUAGAAGUAACUUUGACUUGGAUUAAUAAUAAUAAUUUAAAAAAAAAGUCUUAUUUAUUUUACAUCGUGUCCUCUUUUAAAGGCCUGCAUUACAAUAAUGUUAAUAUUUUGGGAUUUAUGAAUUACAGUAAAACUGUACUGUUUUAUUUGACGUGAUUCUCCAAUAUAGAAGAAAACAUUUACAGGCUUAAAUCAUGGGAUGCACACUCCGGCAUAGAGCUGCACCACAGAGACAUUUCUGGCCUGUUAUUUAUCCAUCAACACCACCCCUGGAC